CAUUCUCGCUCAUAUCACUAUGUCUCAUCGCUAACAUCCUUCUAUCUCAUUGUCUUAUCCUUUGCAUUCUUGCAUCUCUAUCUUUGCCCUAACAAUAAUCGUUUUAUGUCUUUGUAUUCGAUUUCUUCUUUCUAUCUCCUUGUGCCAUCCCUAACAUUCAUCCUUCUAUGUGCUUCACAUAACACAAGCAUUCUUCUUUCUAACGCUUUCUUCUUUCUUUCUAUCGUUUUGUCUCACUCCUAUCAUUCUUCUUUCUAUCCACUUUCCGAGUCAUUCCGCUAUUAUUCCUUUCAUUCUUCUUCCUAUAUGUUUCCUUUAUCCUUAGCAUUUUUCUUUCUAUCUCUUUGUCUGAUCCUUAGCAUUCUUCUUUCUAGCGCAUUUUUCUUUCUAUCUCUUUGUCUGAUCCUUAGCAUUCUUCUUUCUAGCAGUUUUAGCAAUCUUAGCAUUCUUCUUUCUCUCUUUUGUCUGAUCCUUAGCAUUCUUCUUUUCUAUCGUUUGCUUUAUCCUCAGCAUUUUCUUUUCUAUCUCUUUCAUUCUUCUUUCUAUCGGUUUGCUUUAUCCUCAGCAUUUUUCUUUCUAUCUCUUUGUCUGAUCCUUAGCAUUCUUGUUUCUAGCGCAUUUUUCUUUCUAUCUCUUUGUCUGAUCCUUAGCAUUCUUCUUUCUAUCGGUUUGCUUUAUCCUCAGCAUUUUUCUUUCUAUCUCUUUCAUUCUUCUUUCUAUCUCUUUGUCACCAUUAGCAUUCUUCUUUCUAUCGGUUUUGCCUUUAUCCUUAGCAUUUUUCUUUCUAUCUCUUUUCUGAUCCUAGCAUUCUUCUUUCUAGCAGUUUUUGUAAUCCUUGCAUUCUUCUUUCUAUCUCUUUGUCUGAUCCUUAGCAUUCUUCUUUCUAUCGCAUUCUUCUUUUGGCGGUUUUCUUUAUCCUUAGCAUUCUUCUUUCUAUCUGUUUGUACGAUCCUUAGCAUUCUUCUUUCUAGCGGAAUGUCAUGCAUUGCUUUCCCUUGUCUGUCUUUCCUUCUAUUCGACCUCACAAACACCUACGUUUCUACUGAUCUAUCUAUCUAUCUAUCUAUUUCAAUUUUUUCAUAUCUAUCUAUCUAUCUAUCUCUAUCUAUCUAUCUAUCUCAGUUUUUUCUAUCUAUCUAUCUAUCUACCUAUCUAUUUCAGUUUCUUCAUAUCUAUCUAUCUUACCAUGACCAUAUCUAUCUAUCUCAUCAUGGCCAUAUCUAUCUAUCUAUCUAUCUAUCUAUCUAUCUAUCUAUCUAUCUAUCUAUCUAUCCAAACUAA